AUGGGGGAUCAGUUGACACCCUGUCGCCUGGACACAACAGCCUGGCCAGCCUCCGACCAGCUCAUCAGUGAGCCCCCCUGCAUGCCUCAGUUAGCCAGCAACAUCCUAAGGCUCGGAGACCUGAGCGUGCCUGUCACCAUGCUGUGCUGGUUGUUCCUCCCCUCAAGCCUGCUGGCCAUAGCCACACUGGCUCAGAGCCCCAUGCUGCUGGUAACCAUCCUGCAGAGCCAGAGACUUCAGCAAGAGCCCCACUACCUGCUGCUGGCUAACAUCCUGCUCUCAGAUCUGGCCUACCUUGUCUUCCACAUGCUCAUCUCCUCCAGCAACCUGGGCAGCUGGGCCCUGGACCACAUUAUUGCUUGUGGUGCUCUCACAGUUGCCAUCUUCAUUGCCUAUACCAGCACCAUCUUGUCCUUCAUGGCCACCGCACUGCACACCUACCUGGCAGUUGCUUAUCCUCUGCACUACUUCUCCUUCAUGUCCUAUGAAGCUGCCCAGAAAGUGGUGGCCCUCAUCUGGCUGGUGGCCUGCUUCUUCCCCACAUGUCUCAUUUGGCUUAGCAAGUGCCAGGAUGCUAGGUUAGAGCAAGGGGCCUCAUGCAUCCUGUAGCUGAGUCUGGGCACUGAGCAAGGCCAUGGCCCCCUGGUCACUGUCACCCACAUCUGCAUUUUAUGCAUUCUCUUUCUAUGCAUAGCUUUCAUCACCUAUUGCUUAUGGAGGAUCUAUGCAGAGACUAGGACUUCAGGCAUCUGUGUGCAGGGCUAUUCCCGGGCCAGGGGUACCCUGCUUAUCCACACAGUGCUAAUCAUGCUGUAUGUUAGCCUAGUUGUGGUGUUUUACCUGGACAUCAUGCUAACCAAGUACCACCACAUUGAUGCCGGGACUCAUGUGUGGCUUAUGGCAGUCAACAGUGAGCUCAUGAUGCUUCCUCAUGCCAUGCUCCCAUACCUGUACACACUCCGUUUCCAGCAGUUGCUGGGGAUGGUCUGGGGCCACUUCUCAUCCAGGAGGCACAGUGACAUCUUCACUAUUUCUUAG